AGCUUUUCGAACCUUCCAUUCCUGCAUCGCAGACCCGAGCACAACAAACCCCCAUUCACCACGGCGAUAGUGAUUUCGACUGCCUGUAGUACGUUGCACUUGCGCCCCAGCCAGUUUUCCUUCUCCCGCACGCCUUGGCCGACCGUUGAGCGUCCGCAUCCCCCCCAACAAACAAACCAAGGUAGGCGAGGGUCGCCCGUCUGACCUGGGCCAACAAGCCGCCGCGCGCUCCGCGAUCGCCCCGGCGCUAUCCAUCACCACCCCCCCGUUCCUCAUCGCCGGAUACGCACCGAAUUAUCCCUACCGCACAGACCAGUCCUCAACAUGCCCGGCAAGACACCUGAUAAGAAGGAACCCGUCGAGAACGGCGGCUACCGCGGGGGCAAGGAUCUCAAGCCCAAGGGGAAGAAGGCGAGCAAGAAGGAGGGCGAUGACGAGAUGACGGUCGUGGUUCCGCCGUCAAAAGCAUCCAAACAGUCGUCCGUUCCGCCGCCGAAUGAUUCCGAGGGCGACGUCGCCAUGGAUGACGCCGAUAAGGCUGCUGAGGGGGAAGCCAAGGUCGACCCUGUGGCCCAGACCAUCAACGAUAUCAAGAGCAAUUUCGCCCUUCUAGACCGUGCCGUUGCGCUCUUCGACGCCAGAUUCUCUCUGCGCGCCCUGCGGUCCAUCUCGUCAAUCCGGAAACGCCUGACUCCCGAUAUCCUUGCUCAAGCCAUUUCAGAGACCUACCUGUCAUCCUCAGCUAGCGCCAAUGUUGCGAGGCAGAUGUUGGAGGCGAUCGGCCAGUCGGACGUAUCCCUGGGUCGGCAGCCCGGCCCGGAGAUGGAAAUUGACAGCGAGCCGAAGGCUGCCGGCAAGAACGGCGUGAAGAAGGAAGCCAAGGACGUCAUCCCCGAAGUCGACGUCUUCCUCGGGAUCCUCACACAAGUCGUCUUGCAUGACAGCCAACAGCUCCAGAAAGGAUUCGAGUUUUCGCACUACCUGGUCGACCGGAUCCGGUCAGUCAACCGCCGCACGCUCGACAGCCUCUCUGCGAAGGUGUACUUCUACUACUCGUUGUUUGCGGAGCAGACCGCCCCCCUUCCGCCGUCUCCUCAGUCACCGAUCGUGGGAAUCCGGCCAACGCUUCUUGCGGCACUCAGGACAGCCGUUCUCCGCAAAGAUGUCGACACGCAAGCUACCGUCAUCGUUCUCCUCCUCCGGAACUACCUACUCACGUCGCACAUCUCGCAAGCCGACCUCUUGGUCUCGCACACCCAGUUCCCCGAGAAUGCGGCAAACAACCAGGUCGCUCGUUUCCUCUACUACCUCGGCCGCACCCGCGCCAUCCAGCUCCGCUACACAGAGGCCCACGAGCACCUGACGGCUGCGACGCGGAAGGCACCCUCGAGCGCGUGCGCACUAGGAUUCAGCCAAACCGCGACCAAGCUGCUGCUUGUUGUGGAGCUCCUGAUGGGUGACAUCCCCGACCGGGCGACCUUCCGCCAGCCGAGCAUGGAGACGGCGCUGCACCCCUACUUUUUGCUCGUCCAGGCGGUCCGCGUCGGCAACUUGGGGGAUUUUGAGACCAUCAUCGCCGAGCACGCGGACACCUUCCGCCGCGACGGCACCUACACGCUGAUCCUGCGCCUCCGCCAGAACGUCAUCAAGACGGGCAUCCGCAUGAUGAGCCUGAGCUACAGCCGUAUCUCCCUGCGCGACAUCUGCAUCCGUUUGCACCUGGGCUCCGAGGAGAGCGCCGAGUACAUUGUGGCCAAGGCGAUCCGUGACGGUGUUAUUGAGGCAACGCUCGACCGCGAGCGGGGGUUCAUGAAGAGCAAGGAGGUUGGUGAUGUGUACGCCACACGGGAGCCGGGCGAGGCGUUCCACGACCGCAUCCGUGCUUGUCUGGCCCUGCACGACGAGAGCGUCAAGGCCAUGAGGUUCCCCAUGAACCAGCACCGUCUUGAACUCAAGAAUGCCCAAGAGGCUAGGGAGCGCGAGCGGGAGAUGGCCAAGGAGAUUCAGGAGGGCGACCUGGACGAGGACGACCUCGGCGGCGAGUUUGAGGGCAUGUAAUUAUCCCACCCAACAUGCUGCCGGCUUUCCGCUUUCAGGUUCCGUCUGAAGAGGGCUCCUACGAUUUGUGUAGUGUACUUGUAAAUACCUAUUCGAGUCCGGGAUCGUCGUCUGACGCCUGGGCUACAACCCGGUUAGUUAGGGUUACACUACAAUGGAUGGAUGUUCGUAUAACUGUAAGAAUCCCAAG